UUCUUUCCAUAUCUCUCUCUCUCUCUCUCUCUCUCACUCUUCCCCAGUUUCCCAACAGGGUGGUAAUCUGUGUUUUAAGGGGGGUGGAGGUCGGGGAGUUCGCCACAGCCAGGAGCCGUUACGGUCGCGCCAUUCCAGGGCAGCGGGAGGAAAGGAGGGGGGCACCUGCAGAGAGAGAGAGAGAGAGAGAGAGCACAUCACAGCAGCUGCAGCAGCGCAAACUUGGCAGGGAAGUUUUCCCACCGAAGCUCGAAGGGAGAGAAUCAGACCAGCGAGGGACACCUGGGGCCUCUUAGGGUUCUCCCGUCUGCCUCUUCUUCACAAGCCUUGGAUCUCACUUACAGUGAAACGCCAAAAUGAGCUCCAGCAACCAGGUCUCCAAGGACUACUAUGACUAUUCGGCUUGGUACGACAACCUGGAGCCUACUAAACCUCCACUGGAAGUCAUCCCACCUUGUGACCCCACCGCUGAUGACCGGCUGUACCACAUAUGCAUCGCUGCUCUAUCUCUUGUUGUCAUGCUGGUCCUAGCGGCCUUCACCAAACGCAAGAGGUUGUGCCAGGGCUUCCUGAAAGGUAUACCAGGCUUGCUCAGCCCAGUGAACUUCUUGGACCACACCCAACACAAAGGCCUGGCAGUAGCGGUGUUUGGUGUCCUCUUCUGCAAGCUCUGUGUGCUGGUGCUGGCCCCGAACCCUCUGCCCUUCAUCCAGGACUCCACAUCAGAGUACAAAGCGCCGCUUGUCAGUUUCGCUGGGGCCCCCCUGAAAGAGUACUGGAAGAUCCUAUCCCUCUUCUACUACCCCGCUCUCUACUACCCCCUGCUGGCAUGCGGCACCCUGCACAGCCAGGUGGGCUAUGUGUUGGGCAGCUUGCUGUCCUGGACGCACUUCAGUGUCCUAGUCUGGCAGAAGGUGGACUGCCCAAAGACUCCACAGAUAUACAAGUACUAUUCCCUGCUUACCAGUCUACCCCAGAUCGCAUGCCUGGCCUUCCUCAGUUUCCAGUACCCCCUGCUCCUGUUUAAGGGACUCAAGGGCACAGUGAAGACCAAUGCCUCGGAGGACCUUGACAGCAGUUACUACAAAGACUAUGUGAAGAAAAUCCUGAAAAAGCCAGCCAAACCAAGCACUUCCAGAACAGACAAGCCCAAAUUGUCUGAGAGAAUAUCUGAUGCCCUGAAGUCAUACAUCUAUACACCAGAGGAAGUGUUCAGGUUUCCCUUGAAGCUGGCGAUAUCUGCCGUGGUGUCCUUCAUCGCUGUUUAUCAGGUGGCACUGUUACUGAUAGCUGGAGUGGUACCCGUGCUCCAUAUUGUCCGUGCAGGAAUCAACGAAGACAUCGCCUUUCUUCUGGCUGGCUUCAACAUCAUUUUAUCGGAGGAUAGGGCAGAAGUGGUCAAAAUCGUGAUCUACUAUACGUGGUGUUUGGAAGUGUGCUACAUCUCUGCAGUUACCCUGUCCAUUCUGGUCACCCUGAUCAUGCUGAUGAGAUCCAUGGUCUUACACAGGACAAACCUGAAAGGACUGUACAGGGGAGACAUCUACAACGUCUACAAUCGCCAAAGGACUGUCCGGCCCUCUCGACCGGCUCUGGUGUGCUGGAUGGGGUUCACAAGCUACCAGGCUGCGCUCAUCUGUUUAGGGCUGAUCAUCCAGACACUGGUGUUCUUCAUCUGCCUCCUCUUUGCUGUGUUCCUUGUCAUCAUCCCCAUCCUGUAUGGGCAGAACCUCAUGCUCUUCCACAUCAUCGAGCACAUGUGGCCCUUCUGGUUGACACUGUUCUUGGCUGUGCUCAUUCAACAAGUCACAGCCAGGUUUGCCUUCAUCAAAAAAGAUGCAGGGACUAGAGACUUGGACAACAGAAGUGCUCUGUUCCUGCUGACCUACCUAUUAUUUCCUGUCAACGUCCUGGUGGGAGUGUUGCUGGGGGUGUGGAGGAUGCUGAUCACAGCCCUCUUUAACAUCGUCCACCUGGGACGCCUGGAUAUCAGCUUACUGAACCGUGGAGUAGAGGCCUUUGACCCAGGCUACCGCUGUUAUGCCCAUUACCUGAAGAUUGAGGUCAGCCAAUCUCAUCCUGUGAUGAAGGCAUUCUGUGGAAUGCUGUUACAGUCUGCUGGCCAGGAGGGCGGCGCUGGUCAAAAAAUGCGUGAUGCAGAGGAAGGCAUUCAGCUAGUAGCGCAGGAGAAAACGCAGAACAAAGUGUCCAACGCCAGGCGGGCACGCGCACGAUGGCUGCUUCUUUUCACCCUGGUCAACAACCCCUCCCUGCUGGGCUCCAGGAAGCACUUUCAGCGGCAGAGCUCCGAGAGUUUCCUGAACGGGACGCUCAACCGAACCGCCAAGGAGGGCAGCAAAAAGGAUGCCAGCCAAAAGGAGGAGUGCAAAGAGGCGAGCAAGGAAGCGGCUAAAGAACCAGAAACUCCCGCCACAAACUGACGGACGAACUGGCGGGAAUUGAUUGCCUAUAGCGAUGUGCAACUUGCCUGUUGUAAAGUUUAGUUUGGUUUAUGGUCCAUCCAUACCGACCGUUUUAUUUGUGUGUAAAAGAACUUUGCGUUCUUUAGUUAUUUAAUGAGCGCAUUUCAAUGUCCAGUUCCUCGGAAAGGCUGUAAUUCAGUUCUGGGCUGCGGAGAGUUUUUUUGGUAUUGGUCCAGAUCUCUGUUCUGUGUGCCGUUCCAUCUGUCUGUCUGUCGGUUCCGUUUUAUUCUCAUUCAGAAUUAUUAGGUGGGCAGGAACAUAAGUGCUGUACUGAAACCCUCUUUUACCACUGCCUUAAUAAUAUGUGUGCCUAUUUAUGAGUGUACAGAAUAUGCAAUUGUGAGAGACUUAGUAAAUGUUAAUGUCAAUGUUUUGACUGUGUAUACAGCUGGGUGUAACUGACAGAACCAAUAGUCGCAAAAUAUUGCAUAUGUGUGCUAUAGUAACUCUCGAACACCGACUCUCUUAUUUUCCUUGAACUGUCAAUUCACGGUCCAGAGCAAUAUGUUUUCACAUGGUUUUAACGGUCAUUGCUCCACUGAGUGUUGUUGUAUCUCGGUGCAUUGUUUCAAAGGUACACACCCGUUUCUUUGGGGUAGCAGAAAUUAAUAUAUUUGUGCUUAAAAAUAAAAUUAAAAUAAAACAAAAGGAAUGGUAUUUCAUUGGUGUACACAGAUGUGGGUGAAAAUAAAGACAGGCCUUCCUCUGAAUAGAA